AGGAGGUGCCGUCCCACAAUACCAGGCGGGAGGGCGGGCAGGCGGCUCGGAUCCCGGCUCGGGGUGAGGUGCGCGGCGCCUCGGCGGACCCUGCUGCUAGGCGAGAGGAAGCGAUGCGGAGCGGUGGAAAAUGGCCGAGCUGCAGAUGUUACUAGAGGAGGAGAUCCCGUCCGGCAAGAGGGCGCUGAUAGAGAGUUACCAGAACCUGACCCGGGUGGCGGACUACUGUGAGAACAACUACAUACAGGCCACAGACAAGAGAAAAGCUUUAGAGGAGACCAAAGCCUACACGACCCAGUCUCUGGCUAGUGUUGCUUAUCAAAUAAAUGCACUGGCCAACAAUGUACUCCAAUUGCUGGACAUUCAGGCCUCCCAGCUGCGGAGAAUGGAAUCUUCCAUCAAUCAUAUCUCACAGACUGUGGAUAUUCAUAAAGAGAAAGUGGCUCGAAGAGAGAUUGGUAUUUUGACUACCAAUAAGAAUACAUCGAGAACUCACAAAAUAAUAGCACCUGCAAAUAUGGAGCGCCCUGUAAGGUAUAUUCGGAAACCUAUUGACUACACAGUCUUGGAUGAUGUGGGCCAUGGUGUCAAGUGGCUUAAAGCCAAGCAUGGAAAUAACCAGCCUGCAAGAACUGGCACACUGUCGAGAACAAAUCCUCCUACUCAGAAACCACCGAGUCCUCCCAUGUCAGGCCGGGGAACACUGGGACGGAAUACUCCUUACAAAACCCUGGAACCUGUUAAACCCCCAACAGUCCCUAAUGACUACAUGACGAGUCCUGCAAGGCUUGGCAGUCAGCACAGUCCAGGCCGGACAGCUUCUUUAAAUCAGAGACCAAGGACACACAGUGGAAGUAGUGGAGGAAGUGGAAGUCGAGAAAACAGUGGAAGUAGUAGUAUUGGCAUUCCCAUUGCUGUGCCUACACCAUCACCACCCACGGUUGGAGCAGAAAACGUAUUUCUGCCCCCUCCCUCUACAGUUCCACCAGCACCACCUCUACCCCCACAUCUUACAGGGAGCCCUGCAAUAGCCCCGGGCUCAGCUCCUGGUUCCCAGUAUGGCACAAUGACCAGGCAGAUCUCUCGACACAACUCCACCACCUCCUCGACAUCUUCUGGCGGAUACAGACGCACUCCCUCUGUGACUGCUCAGUUCACUGCUCAACCUCAUGUUAAUGGAGGUCCACUGUAUUCUCAGAAUUCAAUUUCUAUCGCUCCGCCCCCUCCCCCUAUGCCCCAGUUGACUCCACAGAUACCUCUCACAGGCUUCGUGGCCAGGGUGCAGGAAAACAUUGCUGAUAGUCCAACUCCACCCCCACCACCUCCUCCAGAUGACAUCCCCAUGUUUGAUGACUCUCCACCACCACCUCCACCACCGCCAGUGGACUAUGAAGAUGAGGAGGCUGCUGUAGUUCAGUAUAGUGAUCCAUAUGCUGAUGGGGACCCUGCUUGGGCCCCCAAGAAUUACAUCGAAAAAGUUGUUGCAAUAUAUGAUUAUACAAAAGACAAGGAUGACGAGCUGUCCUUUAUGGAAGGUGCAAUCAUUUAUGUUAUAAAGAAGAACGACGACGGCUGGUAUGAAGGAGUCUGCAAUCGAGUGACUGGCUUGUUUCCUGGGAACUAUGUUGAAUCAAUCAUGCACUAUGCUGAUUAAGUUUUUGCUUUUAAAGUAGGUUCUUGUUACUCAGUCAUACUGUGGGACUAUUAUGGUUAACAGAAUUGUCUUAAUGUUUUAAAAUGUGCCCAUAUUUUUGGGACAUGCUGUUUUAUUGGUAUAAUUGAAUGUCUACCUGUAAGCAUAAAUCUGAGGCAGUUUGCGUAUUGCUACAUGGCAAUUUAUACGAGAAGCUGUUGCUGAUUAUGCUUACAUACUCACUUACACAAAGUUAACUUUAUGACCAGCCUAAAUAUUAUGGGGAAGUGGGGUAUAAUAUUUAAUGAAUUAUGAUUCAGAUUGUAUCAUUACAUGUUUCAGUGAGCAUGGUUACUAAUGCUAUGUCAGACUAAUAUUAAAAUCAGAAAACUUAAUUGCUGGUGCUGGUCAUACUUUUUUAUUCAGAUCCUCUCAUUUUAAAACAUAGUGUUCAAGCAUGCAUAAAAAUUACUGUGUUGAAAAAUACUGAAAAAUUCCAAGAGGCUUCCAAUCUGUGUACUGUUUUCCUGGAGUAUUCACUUAGGUCUCCUGAAAUGAAUUGAAUCUCUUAAGUUCUCCGUGUGAGACAAGGCUAAUCUGUAAUGUUGUAAUUUAUACUAAGUUUUUUAAUGAAUGAGAUUUGAACUAUAAAUUUCUCCCAUUCAUAAAUAUAUAAGUGAACCAAAGGUUUUUGUCCUUUUCUUCACUGGUUUGCUUAAAAAAAAAAAGAUACUGAUUUAUUAUAGAAUUAUGGUUCUAUUUUCUCAACGUAUUAACUUGGAGAAAAAUUUUAGCCUUAAUCUGUCCCAACAGCAAUGUGAUGGAUUUUCUGCAGAUUUAAAAUCUGAGGUGAUUAUUUACAAGUCAGUCUACUGAGUUUCUUUUUUAAAGUGACUGUUGAAGCUAUGAAAAUGUGUCCAAGUGUACACAUUCAUUCUGUAAGCAGAAUUCUUAAGGAUUGCCAUACCUUUCCUUUACUUUCAUAAUGGACUGUUGUACACUGGUUCAAUGGAAGGAAAUUCCAAGUAUCUACACAUUGUAAAAGUAGAUGUGAUUGAUUUGUGGAUAGGCACUCUGGAAUCCAUUACCUGGCACUAGCAACCUAAGAUUUUAAAAUACAGUAACUGGGAAAGAAGGUGGGUAAUGUAUUAUUCAAUGAACAGAGAUGUACUUAACCAACAGAUUUGUAUUGUCCUUUGACAUAAUUGAAAUGCAACACAUGCACUUUGUGUGUCUCCUCUUAAUUUAAGGGAGGGUUAGAGGGAUGUUUUCUUGUGUAUAAUUCUGUAUUGCUUAGGGUAUUAAAGUAGAGCACUCAAAUGUGGGUUUCUGUGUAUUGAAGAUUUGUUUGGAUUUCAAAUUACAGUUAUGUAUUGGGCGUUGCAGACAUACAGCAGCAUAGUGAAUGGUAAGACUAGUGCAAACAUUUACUUCUGAAAAUUAAAAACCAUUAUUUCUACCAAAUCAAUGUGACUGUUUCAUAUACAUUUUGCUUUUCUUUGUUAAUUUUAAGGUAUCAUUAGUGAUCAGCUAGCUAUGUUCUGUUCCUUUUUUUAAGUGGAAUGUUCUCUUAAUUUGUAUAUAACCUGUUGUCUAAAUUUUAUGUACAGUCUUUUAUAAUAAAUAAACCAUUCUACUAUAUGAA